AUGAUUCAAUAAAAAGGGAAGCCACGAAGAUUCACACAGUAGCUUUAACCCAAAAAGAGGCAGUCUCCGAGAUAUACACUCAUGCAGCAGUUUGAGAGUUUGAAACAGGAUGGAUACAACACUGAUUUGAAGAACAUGAGCGACAGUAAGAGAGAUAGAAACAGAUAUACAAGACCUUAAAGCGGCAAACUCAGAAGGUCUCCCAACCAUGCCUCUAAAUUAUAAAAUCAGGAUUAAUAUCACUCAGAUGAUAAUUACUAAGAGGAAGCAGACUUCGAACUAUUGUCUAAGGAAAUAGACGAAGAUGUGCCUAUAAUCCACUCUUUGAAAACAAAACUUCAAAGUUUAUAAAUGCCAGUUAAAUCACUUUACUAGCAUUAAUCUAGCCAGGCUCCUGGUGCUAAUUCUACUCUCCUGGAUCCAUUUUUAAGCCCUAAAUCUGCCAGUCAAAACAUAGACCUCUAAAAUCAACAAAUAAUUAUGCAGCAGUAUAUAAGGAAUGUAAACUAGAAUACUUUGAAGAUGAAUGCGCCUCUAUCCUAGAAGAUAAACCAGAAAAUCAAGAGAUCUCUGACACCAUAGCGAUCUGCCAAUAAUAGUCAGAUAAACAACAAAAUAUAAAAAAAUUCAAACCAGAACACUCAUCAGAGAUCCAGAUCUACUUAGCGUGUAGUCAAUUCUGAAAGAAAUUAGUCGCCUAGGAUCAAUAGAGGCUCUGCUAAACUAAAUUAUGUCACAAACCAUCACUCAAAAAACAUCAUUGACAAUGCUCAGCAGAGAUUGAAAAUUAAGGCUAAAAAUUAGAUACAAAAGUACAGAUCGUUUGAUUAAUUUUUCAAGGAUUAACAGAAACAUGAAGAGGUGAAAAAGCAAAAGAUAGAUAUAUUAUAAUAGCAAAAAUCAAAAGUAGAAGUUGAGGAAGUCAGGUCUACACCAACUAUCCACAAAAAACGGACAGAAAAGUCACAAAAUAAAACCUUCACCAAUGAGUAGCAGUAGUAGCAUAACUAGCCAAAUGUGGAGUAAGCUGAGGUAAAAGAAACUACAAGAGAAAGAAGAAGCAUGUCUCAAGAGAGAACCUCCAAAGUUCAUGAUAGGCUUUACUAGAUCAAGCCAUACAGAGCAUAAAACUAAGAAAUCGAAUUAGAAUCUGCUAACAACAUAACCAAUUAGUAAAGCUAAGGAGGGUCUAAGUCAACCAAGUCAAUGACUCCACUAAAGGAGUUUGUAAUGCAUAAUUAGAGCAAGAAUUCAAAGGAGAACACGAGUUAAACUAUAUCAACAAACAGACUGAGCUAAAUUAAUGGGACUAGUUCUAGAAAAGGAGCGCACAUUAACAAUCUUUUUAAGGAAGAUAAAUCUUAAAGAAAAUUUGUAAGUGGAAAUUCCAAGAAAUUCCUUGUCUAAAAAUUCAAGAAGAUGUUCAGAAACUCUCUGUGCAAAAUUCUAAAGGAUAACAAGUUAUCAUCAGAUUAAAUUAUAUAUGAGGAAGAGAGUAUUGAGGAGAUUUCAGCAAAUUCUGACUCAGACUAAGAAGAUAUCCAAUAAGCUGAUCAGGGUGGGAAGAGUCCCAAAUCAUCUUCAACCAUUACGGUUUCUAAAGUGCAUAUCCCAACAGUGGAGGAUAUCAACUUAAGCUAGGAUUAAUACUAUAUUAUCCUUAAAGAUAUGAACCUAAAGGGUUAUAAUGAGCACUUAGCAGACAAAAUGUAUCAGAUCCUUACAUGUAAUCAGCAGAAAUUACUUAGAUCCAGUAACUAGUUUACAUUCUUGUUAGCUUGUUAAGGAUUAUUUACCUUCGAGGAGAUAAAAAAACCAGAUCUCAAUAUUGAUGAAGAAUGUGACUAUGGUGCAUUUAACCUUUAGGGUAGGUUCAUAUUCAUUAAUGAAGGUCAAUAUAAACUCGUAAGGAAGGAGUUCAAAGGAUUCUAAUCUAAUCUAAACAAUUAUGAGACUCUAAGAAGGCAGUCUAUGGAUGAAAGUAAGUAUCCAUAAAUUUUAACAAGUAUAUAUUCAAGUAAGUCAAAAAAUUCAGACUUGAUUGCAAGAGGCAAGCCUGGUGAGAAACUAAAUAAGGAUAUUAGUGAUGCCUUAAGAAUUAGAAAUAAUUCUCCUUCUCCCAGAAGUCAAACCUUGAGAACUGGCAAUCUACUUGUCAAUGAAAAGAAGUCUGUUCUUGCAUCAGAUGAUGGUGAACCUUAAUGGGUUUCAAUUGAUAUUGACUUGGGAAAGACUAAGGGCAUGAAGAAAAUACUUAUGAAACAUGAUGAAAAUGUCAGUGAAGUAGUCAAUAAAUUUGCUUUGGAAAAUAACCUUGACGAAAAUAAAAAGGAGAAGUUAGAGAAAAUAAUAAACCUGAAGCUCUAAAAAGUAUUUGAGGAUAAAUGA